UUUGUCAUAUUUCUUUUUUCUUCAGUCUCCCACAGUCAAAUCACCCGCCUGUACAGUCGCUUCACCAGCCUGGACAAAGGAGAAAAUGGCACUCUUAGCCGUGAAGACUUCCAGCGGAUUCCAGAGCUUGCCAUCAAUCCACUCGGAGACAGGAUUAUCAACGCCUUCUUUCCAGAAGGAGAGGACCAGGUGAAUUUCCGUGGAUUCAUGAGGACACUAGCCCACUUCCGACCCAUAGAAGAUAAUGAAAAGAGCAAAGACCAGAACGGACCAGAACCACUGAACAGCAGAAGUAACAAGCUCCACUUUGCUUUUCGAUUAUACGAUCUAGAUAAAGAUGACAAGAUUUCCAGAGAUGAGCUUCUCCAGGUGUUACGGAUGAUGGUUGGUGUAAAUAUUUCUGAUGAACAGCUGGGCAGCAUUGCUGACAGGACAAUCCAGGAAGCUGAUCAAGAUGGAGAUAGUGCCAUCUCCUUUGCAGAAUUUGUAAAGGUUUUGGAGAAGGUGGAUGUAGAGCAGAAAAUGAGCAUUCGAUUCCUUCACUGAUGGAUGGAGAGCUUAUUCCUUUCUACUCCAACUAUGUAAUGAAUAGAACUUCAUUUUCUCCUUAGCACCAUACCCCAGAGCAUUGCUAUUGGUGCAUAUACAUCUUCAACCCCUCCCUGGUUUGUUCUGCCAAUCUGAACAUUCCCUGUGCAACAGGAACAAAGGGAAAUGGCUGCCAUGCAACUUGGAAAAGGAGCUUUUUUAAUGUUAUCCAUCCUGGGUUUUUUGCCCUUUAUCUUGUCUUCUCCUGCACUACUGUUUCAGUAAAAAUGUCUCUCCUUAUACACUACUGUUUAAUCUACAAACUGAUUCUUCUGAGCUCUGAAUCUGAGAAUGGAAAAGUGGGAACAUGCCACAGAAGUGCCCUCUGAAACAUUUUGGAGACAAGCAUCUACUCAAAUACUAGCUGCAUUGAUAAUUAUUCACUUUUGCCAUAUUACAGCUGCCUUUUUUUAAAAAAUAUUUUUGCCCCUUUUCUAUUUGGCUCUUUACGUGCAGAUGUGUUUCUUCAGUGCUUCUAAAUCUGCCUUUUACUUGACAACUUCUCAAUUUCAAUGGCUUUAUUGUACAACUAGCACAAAUGCAUGAUGAUAGCUUAGAGUACUUUAAAGUACUGUGAAUAGAUUUUGUUCUUUGUGGAAUGAAUUCACAGGGACAAUAGUAGAAUCUAUGGUGGGGACAGGCUGCGGUGUUCUCAAAAGGAACAGAAAAUUUGCACUAUGUCACUUGAACUGUUCCAGUAGCAGAGGCAGAAGCUUGUUUCUUUUGUUUGCAUAGCUCUCAGGCUUGACAGCCAGUAGACCAUGAAGUGUCCUCUCCAGAUUGUUUUCGUCUAGGAUCCCUCCCCUCGUCAGGGUGGUUUUGCUUCCGAAAGUGUAAAUUUGUUUACCAGUGUACAAAAUGCAAGAAAACCAGUCAUGCCAAAAUCUGUAUUUGUAGUUCUGUAACUGCUCCCUGGUAAUAGUGUCAUGAAACAUGAAAUCAUGAAACUGAUUUCAUAGGGGUUCUUUCCCAAUUAUAGUAGCCUGCAUAAUGAGUAAUUAUUUAUAUUUUCCAGUAUGAAAGUUCUGGUCUGUUAUAUUUGUGUUGAGUAUGGUAGCUGUAUUUAAGAAAGCUCUGGCAUAAGAAUACAAAUUGGGAGAGAUCAUAUUAUCCCAGAUAUUUCAGAAUGUAUUUCUAAACAAAUCUCUUUGCAAGUGUAAGAUGAUUAAUACUAUUAAUGUAAUGCUGAUAAAUCUAAGAGAUGGGAAUCCUUGAAGGUUCAAUAGUAACAACUUUCUGUGGCUAGAUU